CUGUGGGUAGGCGGCGGCGGGCGGCGUGCGCACUGAGGAGCUGGCGGCGCCGCCAGGUUGUGCGCGCCGAAGAUGGCUGAGAAGCAGAAACACGACGGGCGGGUGAAGAUCGGACACUACGUGCUCGGGGACACGCUGGGCGUCGGCACCUUCGGCAAAGUGAAGAUUGGAGAACACCAACUGACAGGCCAUAAAGUAGCCGUUAAAAUCUUAAAUAGACAGAAGAUUCGCAGUUUAGAUGUUGUUGGGAAAAUAAAACGAGAAAUUCAGAAUCUAAAACUCUUUCGUCACCCUCAUAUUAUCAAACUAUACCAGGUGAUCAGCACACCAACGGACUUCUUUAUGGUAAUGGAAUAUGUAUCUGGUGGAGAAUUAUUUGACUACAUUUGUAAACAUGGACGGGUUGAAGAGAUGGAAGCGAGGCGGCUCUUUCAACAGAUUCUAUCUGCUGUGGAUUACUGUCAUAGGCAUAUGGUUGUUCAUCGAGACCUGAAACCAGAGAAUGUACUCUUGGAUGCACAUAUGAAUGCCAAGAUAGCUGAUUUUGGAUUGUCGAAUAUGAUGUCAGAUGGUGAAUUUCUGCGAACUAGUUGUGGGUCUCCAAAUUAUGCAGCCCCCGAAGUCAUCUCAGGCAGAUUGUAUGCUGGUCCUGAAGUUGACAUCUGGAGCUGCGGUGUUAUUUUGUAUGCUCUUCUUUGUGGCACCCUCCCAUUUGAUGAUGAGCAUGUGCCUACAUUAUUUAAGAAGAUCCGAGGGGGUGUUUUUUAUAUCCCAGAAUACCUCAAUCGCUCUAUUGCCACUCUUCUGAUGCAUAUGCUACAAGUUGAUCCUCUGAAACGAGCAACCAUCAAAGACAUACGAGAGCAUGAAUGGUUUAAGCAAGAUUUGUCCAGUUACUUAUUUCCUGAAGAUCCCUCAUAUGAUGCUAAUGUCAUUGAUGAUGAGGCUGUGAAAGAAGUGUGUGAAAAAUUUGAGUGUACAGAAUCAGAAGUCAUGAACAGUUUAUAUAGCGGUGACCCUCAAGACCAGCUGGCCGUGGCUUAUCAUCUUAUCAUUGACAAUCGGAGAAUAAUGAACCAAGCCAGUGAGUUCUACCUCGCCUCUAGUCCCCCAACUGGUUCUUUUAUGGAUGAUAGUGCCAUGCAUAUUCCCCCAGGCCUGAAACCUCAUCCAGAAAGGAUGCCACCUCUUAUAGCAGACAGCCCCAAAGCGAGAUGUCCACUGGAUGCGCUGAAUACCACGAAGCCCAAAUCUUUAGCUGUGAAAAAAGCCAAAUGGCAUCUUGGAAUUCGAAGUCAAAGCAAACCCUAUGACAUUAUGGCCGAAGUUUACCGAGCCAUGAAACAGCUGGAUUUUGAAUGGAAGGUGGUGAAUGCAUAUCAUCUUCGUGUAAGAAGAAAGAACCCAGUGACUGGCAAUUACGUGAAAAUGAGCUUACAGCUUUACCUGGUUGAUAACAGAAGCUAUCUUUUGGACUUCAAAAGCAUUGAUGAUGAGGUGGUGGAGCAGAGGUCUGGUUCCUCAACACCUCAGCGUUCCUGUUCUGCUGCUGGCUUGCAUAGACCAAGAUCAAGUUUUGAUUCCACUACUGCAGAGAGCCCUUCACUUUCCGGCUCUCUCACUGGCUCCUUGACCGGGAGCACACUGUCUUCGGUUCCACCUCGUCUGGGCAGUCACACCAUGGAUUUUUUUGAAAUGUGUGCCAGUCUGAUCACUACCCUCGCCCGUUGACAAUCUUUCUCUAGUCUCUGUCUUUUUGUGAUUGCACUGUGAAAAUCAGAUCUAUUCUUGACUUUAUUACCUUGCUCACUACUGGAUAGCACAUACACUGUUGUGAUAGUUGUGAGACAGAAAUAUUUCCUGGAAACAGUCAAUGCCAAUGAAAUAACUGAAAACAACAAUGGAGGAUAUUUUAUUUGUCUGUUGAAAUCUGUAAUUCUGUUUCUGCAUAUGAUAAAUUUAAAUAGGCCGCUUCUUGAAAAGGUGAACAAUAACGCAGAUUCUUGUUAAUUCAAAACUAAGUUCACUGCAGUCUGAUUAACACACCUUCAUGACAAACCAUUUCAAUCUGAGGGUUUGGCAACACUGCCUUGGCUUGGCUGCUUGCUAAAGGCAAUUCCUAAAUUUUAGCAGACUUUAAACUGUAUUUUU